GGACAAAGUGUGCAGCACUGCAGCCCCCUUCUCGCCCGGCCCCAGCAGCACGUACUGCCCUCCCAAAGCCUCUACUCCAUCCUACUCACCGCACAAAUAAAACCCGCGGCCCGCUCCAGGCUGCAGGACAUACAUGCCACGCGCUGGCGCUGUAAGCAGUCACAAAACGCAUCCCAGGAUGACAGGAUCGCUUACAUUCCCCCCCCUUAGAAGGGUGCGUCCUCGAACCCAAUUUUUUGCUGGCGGCGGUCAGCGGGUUUAGCACUCAGCGCGUACAAGGGCUUGCCGUUGUUUAAGCUCGGUGCGUGACUGUGAGAUAAGCGCGCUUGGCGCGGAUCGACCUUGCGACCUCGGAGGCCGUAUCGCACGUAUGCGCUAUUCGGUCUCGAUACCAAUUCUGCAGUGGCAUUGCAAUGACUCACCGGCACCAGGAGGCACGGCAGCGCGCCGGUUGCUGCCCUGGGGGCAGCCUCGGCCAAUUGGCCCGCUGGCGGGGUUAGGGGGGAUCACAGACUUCCGAUGGAUUUCGAGCACCUUUAAAUCAUGGCAUCCGUCAUCAGGCUGGCCGUGGCAGAAGCCAUUCGCGCAGAGACCAGCGGAGCCGACCAGAUUAACCUCCUGGCAUUCCUUAUGUGCAUGACCGACACCCAGCUUUCCGUCCUUCGGGAAACUGACACUAGCGAGUUCUUUGUGAAGUUUGUGCGAGCGUCGAAGGCGUUGCGUGCUGGCGCGACGGCUGGCCCGGUCGUGGAGAGCACGUCAAGAGCCGGUGGCAUCGCUGGCGCGCCAGCCGCGGAGCACCCGCGCGACCAGCAAGCGCCAUCGCCCACGUCAUCUGCCCCGUGUAAGUCCGUCAACACGUGGUGGCCUGCCUGCUGGCUGGGUUCUGUGACACCGCUGUGGCAAAUGCGAGGAGGAGACGCGGGCAGCCAGCAGCGGCAGCACGAGGACUUAGCCGCAGCGUCCACCAUGCCUGUUAGUACAGACCCGCCCUCAGUGGUUUCAACGCACACUGCUGGCGCGACCAACAGCCUGCCAGGCAGCUCGCCUUUCCCCUCCAAGCACCUGUCUACCUGUCGUCAGCGCCGCUCACACUGUGCCGGUCCUCCUCAUGCGGCUUCAGCAGACGGUACUCUCUAGCGCUCCUGCUGCUGCUGCGCGCGUUCAUGGCCAGCCCGACGUGCAUGACGGUGGUGGAGCGGCCGACGUGGAUGAUCGGGAUGGACGGCAUGCAGUGCUGAGCAGGACGCGUCCCUGCUCCUGCUGGCCGUACGCCUCGCUGGUGCAGAGAUGAACCACAGCGCGCAUCACCAAUCACUCGUCAGUGCGGCUGGGCAGCUCCACAUCCUAGGCGCUCGCUGCUGCCCUGCCUGGCUGCGGCGGGCGCUGCCGGCUUUGGUGCGUGGCAGCUUGCUGGAUGGGCGGUAUUGGGGCCGAGUCUGUGUUCGCCAUGGUUACCACGGCCGCGCACUGGCUGAUGCUGUCCAUGUUGUUCACAGCUGCCAAUCCGCUCUCGACGUCAUUUUGAACGGCGAGGGGCCCACUUAGGUAGCGUUCAGACACUGGUCGGGUGCGCGUAUGCGGCCGUUCAGCGCGACGACUGAUGUGCGGUGUGAAUUACUUUCACAUGUGUUCUGGACCACAGUAGUAGCGAUUAUUGGCCAGCAAACUUGGCGUAAAGAGGACUCGCAUCGCAUGUAUGUACACGAGGAAGGGCGCCUGGCUGAUGAGCAUAAACUGGAAUGUCGCCUGGAUGCUGGGCGUGCAUGUGUGGCACGCACAUCUCUUACAAUAGUACACCACAUCUGAAGAGCGUGCGCAAAUGCUGUGCAAGUGUUGUCGUGGUGCGAAGUGGAGUGGAACUUAGUCCAUGUUCAGGAGGGUUGGUCGGACGGACAACGCCUGCGCGUGUGUGCGUCUGCCUUGAUUGCGCCGGUACGGCCACACAUCGACAACACAUACACAGACGCACACACGCGCAGGCAGGAGUCUCACUGCGGCAUCAGUAUUGCGGCACGACACAUUCCUGCUUACAAUGGGCGCACUGCUACAAAAUGCCACGUCACCCAUGUGUAGCACACAAAUGCUUUGAAUAGAAACGAAAACCAAUGCGGCCCCAUGAAAUAAAUGGUCCACUCUUGCGUGCGUGGCGCCACUUGUACGACUUUGCCUUGCGCCGGUACGGCCACACAUCGACAACACAUACACAAAGUCGAACAAGUGGCGCCACGCACGCAAGAGUGGACCAUUUACUUCAUGUAUGGGGCCGCAUUGGUUUUCGUUUCUAUUCAAAGCAUUUGUGUGCUACACAAGGGUGACGUGGCAUUUUGUAGCAGUGCACCCAUUGUAAGCAGGAGUGUGUCGUGCCGCAAUGCUGAUGCCGCUGAGAGACUCAAACACAGCCGAGUUCUGGAUGCUAGUGUGUAUGUGUACCAUGUACGUGUAUUCGUGGCCAUUUCUUGAAAGGCGAACGCGCACAGGUGGGGUCGUCAAUGAUUUCAAGAACGAAGUCCGUGCAAGGACCAUCGUAUUUAAUGACGGUGUCUCUGCAUUUGGAGGCAGCGCAGGAGUCUGCAGUGGGUCUACUGAUGGCAUCACGCCCUAGCACUGUGCGGGGGCUGCACGCAUGUGUGCGGAGGGCGUACGGCAUUGGUCGGGUGGGAGGCACGGGGCGCAAGCACACACGCGCCGAACGCUGUUGGUGCCCCAUCCACACACUGCGGGUGGGCGCGCGGGGUUGCGGAGCUUCGGCAGAAUGCAUUGGUUACAAGAGGGGCUUGCUGACGCGAGUCGCGAGCGAUAUCUGCCCUGGACCUUGGUGACGUGCCAAGCGCUGCUGGGCAACUAACGUCGAGACGUGUACAGGCAGUGGUUUGCGGAUGCAUGUAUGUUUGCUAAAGCGACCGUAGGAUUGAGGGCAGCUUCUGUGUAUGUACACCAUACCUAGCGGCUGGCUGGCCGCGGGGGCGGCAUGGAAGUGUUUGGCCUCAGCCUUGUGCGCGUGGGACCUGCGGGUCCACGUCGUGGUUAGCACCCGGACUGGUGUCGCUUCCACGGGAAGCUUGUAUGUUUCUUGAUAUGCGGCUGGGCCACGCCGCCUGUGAUGAUGGGCGCUGCUGCGUGUCAAACACCAUACUUUUCACCUGGACUUUGACAAUAAUUUUGAAUCCGCAAACACCCGCUUAAAGUUUGAGGGGUUCAAGGGUUCAGAACCAUGCAUGUGUUUUUCAUAGUGGACAAGCGCAGUGUUUCCAAAAGCUUAUACAAGGUAUUAGCGUUAUAGUACCCCACGGGUACCUGCCUGCUCAAGACAUUUAACUUCC